UUGCUUAGAUCUUUCUUGUCAGGCUAAAGUGGUCCUGAAGAAAAUGGGGCCAGUAGAGCUCUCACUGGCCUUCAGGUCAGGGUUGGAGGCAGAGGUAGAGAACACCUUCCACAGGGACACUCUGUAGAGACAAAUGUUGCUCUCACAUUUUGUAGGGAAGCAACACCUUGGCUCAUGCAUGUGGGAAGCAUGAUGUUCAAGCUCUGUGCAGCCCCGAACUCAGGCAGCUGUGCCCUGUCUAGUGCCCGCCAUCUGGAUGGCACCAUAGCUGGGGCUGAAAAGGACACUAGCACUGCCUGAGGCUGGUGGUGAGGAGCAGGGGCAGAAGGGCAGUUUGGGGUCCCCUAGGGUUUAUUUUACCAAGACUAGGUAAAGCAUGGACAGAGAAAAGUCCAGCUAUAGGACCUGUUGCUGUGGCAGGACAUGAGAGCCCAGUGUGUGUGUGUCCCAACACCAGGCUGCUCUGAGCAGUUAUGUCAGGACCAGGCUGGCCUUGAAAGAGGGCAGAGAUGGCUACAGUCCUGAGGGAACAGUGCAUGUGACAGGCCUUCCAUGGGGGUGAAAACUGUUGAGCAUCCACAUUCCACUGUGCUCUACAAAUUAUUAACCCAGAAUCACAAGGUGAAUGGGGGUGGACUCACAUUCACUUUCCAGCUCUGUGACCCUGGGCUUUAUGAUUAACAAAUACCAAGUAUCCAACCGGUGAGGUGCCAACUCAGGUCUGCUCACCAGUUGUUGGGCAGACCCAGGCUACCUGUGCUGCAUGCGACCAGAGGCUGAUGCCCUUCCAGACACUCUUGGUUGUGCAGUAGCAGGCCUCAGGCAAAGUGCCAGGCAGGUAUACCUGUCUCUCCUGGAUGCCUAGAUUUGAGACCCAGAAAUCUCCUAUGGCUCCUUAUCACAUCCGCCAGUACCAGGACAGCGACCAGAAAAGUGUCCUGGAUUUGUUCAUAAGAGGAAUGGAAGAGCACAUCCCUGCCACCUUCCGCCACAUGCUGACUCUGCCAAGGACCUUCCUUCUCUUACUUGGGGUGCCACUUGCCAUGGUCCUGGUGUCUGGCUCCUGGCUGCUAGCUGCUAUGAGCAUCUUCUUUGUGCUCCUUCUCAUGAAGCUUCUUGCAAGACAGCCGUGGAAGAAGUAUGUGGCCAAGUGUUUGCACACAGACAUGGCUGACAUCACUAAGUCCUACAUGAAUGCACGUGGUUCCUGUUUCUGGGUAGCUGAGUCUGGGGGAGAGGUGGUGGGCAUCGUGGGUGCUCUACCAGUCAAGGAUCCCCCAUUAGGGAGGAAGCAGCUGGAGCUCUUUCACCUGUCUGUGUCCUCACAGCAUCGAGGACAGGGGAUAGCAAAAGCAUUGAUCAGAACUAUCCUCCAGUUUGCACGGGACCAGGGCUACAGUGAUGUCAUCCUUGAGACCAGCAUCUUGCCCAAAGGUGCUCAGGCCCUUUACAUGAGCAUGGGCUUCCAGAAGACAGGACAGUCCUUCAUAAGUGUGUUCUGGAGGUUAGCGGGUGUUCCUGCAAUUCAGUUAAAGCAUCCCCUCCCUUUUGUUUAGGAAGUGGGACUGAGUCCUAUGUUCCCCUGCAGCAAACAGGUCCCAUCCACUCUUCAGUAGUCAGUGAACCCUGUCAUGUGAGAUAAUGAAGAAUAAAAGCUCCUAGCUGGUGCACACCAGAUU